AUGGUUUGGGAUUCUGCAAUUAUCCGAAGUAAUGACCCAUUUUGGGACAUUGAUGACUUUACUCGAUUUGGAAGAGCUCAGUUAUUGAAUUUUUACUUGCCAUGGGCAAUUAUAAUAUCCAUUGCCGUUUAUGAAAUCUACCGGUGUAUCACGUCUCGCAAUAAGAAACUUCCUGAGCCUGGUCUAGUUAAUGAAUAUUUGUAUGGCUCUCAGCAACAAGAAGUAGGAGAAGAAGAAGAUGAGAGACUCCUGCAAAGUCAUUAUGCCCCGGUUCUUUACGUUGAUAGGAAGGAUAAUGGAGAAAUAUUGAAACAAAGACAUUUCGAUAUAACGGAUAUAGAUGUAAAGAAAAUCGACACUAAGAACCACGGUGGACUAACAUUUAAGAAUCCCACCACUGCGGACCAUUUCAGAAAGUUGUUCGAGAUCGUAUUGGUAUUUUUACAAGUAAUCGGCCUUUCCGUUUUAAGAGUAACAAACGUUAAUACAGAAUUAAUUAAUAGAGAUAUAUCCAUUUUACUUUUGCUGUGGUUAUUACUACUUUCUCUAACUCUCAGAAGACUCUAUAGGCCAACAGAAAACCACUGGAACACCUGCUUCGCUGCCUACACAGUUAUUUGGAUAUCCACUUGGUUUCCAUUACGUUCCAUGUAUAUUGGCCAUAUCAACGAUACACCUACACGCAUUUUCUACGUUUUUCAAUUUACAAUUAUUUCGAUUUUACAGCUAAUAAUGCUUACCUCACCAUUCAAAGACAAUCAGCUCAUGAUAUACACCAGAGAUAAUUCUAUACUUCCUUCCAAAGAACACACAUCUUCUAUUUUGAGCCUCAUCACCUGGAGUUGGAUUACUGACUUUAUAUGGCACGCUCAGAAAUAUACCAUCAAACUAAAGGAUAUCUGGGGCUUGUCAAUGGAAGAAUAUUCCGUUUUCAUUUUGAAAAGAUUCGCGAAAGGGAAUGAUAUGUCAACCAAAAAUGGCUUAACUGUAUCAUUAUUCAAGUUCUUUAGAUGUAAUUUAAUCGUUGAAUUGGUAUGGAUUGCAGUUAAUAGUAUCGUUAAUCUUUUCCCAACCAUUCUAAUGAAAAAAUUCCUGGAAAUUGUAGAUGACCCAGGCGAAUCUGUAUCAUCUAUGAAUUUGGCGUGGCUUUAUAUCUUUGCUAUGUUCAUCUGUAGAUUAACAAUAGCAAUUUGUAAUUCACAAGCGCAAUUCAUUGCUGAUAAGAUUUGCUUGAAAAUUAGGACCAUUCUUAUAGGAGAAAUAUAUUCGAAAGCUCUGCGUAGAAAACUAUUUACAGCUCCCAAAAACAAUGAUGAUACAACUAGCGUCUCUGCGAACCUCGGUACUAUAAUAAAUUUGAUUUCCAUCGACUCUUUCAAAGUGUCUGAAAUUUCAACCUACUUCUUUAUGACAGUGCAAGCCAUAAUUAUGGUCCUAAUUGUGGUAGGAUUGCUUUUCAAGUUUUUGGGCAUUUCUGCCUUUGCAGGUAUCUCAAUUAUCUUGAUGAUGUUUCCGUUAAACUUCAGGUUAGCUGAGUUAAUAGGUAAGUUUCAAAAAUCGGCACUACAAUGUACCGAUAAAAGAAUCGCCAAGUUAAACGAGUGCUUACAGAACAUACGAAUCGUGAAAUAUUUUGCAUGGGAAAAUAACAUCUCAAAGGACAUUAAGCUAAUAAGACAAAACGAGUUAAGAUUUUUACUCCAAAAGUCUAUGGUGUGGGCACUAAGUUCAUUCCUUUGGUUUGUGACACCAACCUUAGUCACAGGUGUUACUUUUGCCAUCUAUAUAUUUGUUCAACACCAGGAAUUAAAUGCCCCUCUUGCGUUUACUACUCUUUCACUUUUCACUUUAUUAAAGACGCCCUUGGAUCAAUUGUCAAAUAUGCUAAGUUUUAUGAAUCAAUCAAAAGUGUCUCUAGACAGAAUAGUCAAGUUCAUAAAUGAGGACGAUACGGAAAAGUAUAACCAGUUAACUGUAUCUCCAGACGAAAACAAGAUUGAAUUUAAAAACGCUACUUUAACAUGGAAUGAAAAUGACACAGAAAGUACAAUAUUUAGAUUGUGCGAUUUAAAUAUCACAUUUCAAAUUGGCAAACUGAAUUUGAUUUUGGGUUCAACAGGUUCCGGUAAAAGUGCACUAUUGAUGGGCUUAUUGGGUGAAUUACACUUAAUCAGUGGGUCUAUCACCGUGCCAGGUUUAGAACCAAGGCACGAUUUGAUACCUGAUCAUAAUGGACUAACCAAUUCCUUUGCAUACUGUUCUCAAAAUGCAUGGUUACUAAAUGGCACAGUAAAAAACAAUAUAAUCUUCAACGGUGCCUAUGAUGAUGUUAGGUACAGAAAGGUGAUUGAUGCCUGCGGACUGAAACGAGACUUGGAAAUUUUACCAGCUGGUGACUCAACGGAAAUUGGUGAAAAAGGUAUAACGUUAUCAGGAGGGCAAAAGCAAAGAAUUUCUUUAGCAAGAGCCGUUUAUUCGAAUGCCAAACAUUUGUUGUUAGAUGAUUGUUUGAGUGCUGUAGAUUCACACACCGCCGUAUGGAUCUACGAAAAUUGUAUUACAGGACCAAUGAUGGAAAAGAGGACAUGUAUUUUGGUCACCCACAACGUUUCAUUAACCAUCAGAAAAGCACAUUUUGCAGUUAUUUUGGAAAAUGGGAAAGUGAAGAAUCAAGGCGCUAUCAAGCAACUUGAAAAAGAGGGCAUAUUCAAAGAAGAAAUUGCUCAGAUGCCUUAUAAGGGCAAUAGGGCCGAAACAAGCGGCAAUGAAACAAGUGAUCUUCAGGAAAGCACUUCACAAAAAACUAAAGCAGAUACGGAGGACACAGAAUUUGGAGGGGAUCUGAUUCAAAAAGGACAAUUAGUAAAAGAUGAACAAAAAUCAAACGGCGCCAUAAGUCUAGAUGUUUACAAAUGGUAUCUGAAAUAUUUUGGAGGUUGGAAAGCUUUAACCGCCUUGCUCACUCUUUAUGUUAUUACUCAAGUACUAUUUAUUAGUCAGUCCUGGUGGAUACGAUACUGGGUGAACGAUUCCAAACCCCAUAUAGAAACUUCCGGUUUUUCGAUGAAUGGACUGCCAUUGAAAAGGACAGUUGUGGAUAGAAUUGAUCCCCCAAAAAGUAAACACACAGUGCUUUACUACUUGGGUAUGUAUUUCGGAAUCGGUUUUAUUCAGGCACUGCUAGGUGGCACCAAAACCUUUGCAACUUUUUUUGCUGGUAUCCAAGCCUCCCGGAAGAUAUUUGAUGAUAUGCUAGAUUUAGUUUUACAUGCCAAAAUAAGGUUUUUUGACGUAACACCGAUCGGCCGAAUCAUGAAUCGUUUUGCUAAGGACAUCGAAGGCGUAGAUCAAGAAUUAACCCCUUACCUAGAAGUGACAAUGUUUUGCUUAAUCCAAUGUACGUCAAUAAUUUUCCUCAUCACCAUAAUCACCCCCCGCUUCUUAAUAGUCGCCGUUGUUGUGUUCAUCUUAUAUUACUUCAUCGGAAUGUGGUAUUUAACAGCUAGCAGGGAAUUAAAAAGAAUCGAUUCAAUAACAAAAUCUCCCAUUUUCCAACAUUUCUCAGAGACUUUGGUAGGUGUUUGCACAAUACGAGCCUUUGGAGAUGAGAAGAGAUUUAUCUUGGAGAACUUGGAUAAAAUAGAUCAAAACAAUAGAGCCUUCUUUUACCUAUCAGUGGCUGUCAAAUGGUUUGCCUUUAGAGUCGAUAUUAUCGGUGCGUUUAUUGUUUUGGCAUCUGGAUCUUUCAUUUUGAUUAAUAUUAAUAAUAUUGACUCGGGUCUUGCUGGUAUUUCCUUGACAUACGCCAUUUUGUUUACCGAUGGAGCUUUAUGGUUGGUUCGAUUAUAUUCUGCGUUUGAAAUGAACAUGAAUUCUGUGGAAAGAUUAAAAGAGUAUUCUAGUAUCGAGCAAGAGAACUAUUUUGACUAUAAUAAAGACCAUAUACAGGAGCUCCAGCAGUCUUCGUGGCCUGAACAUGGUCAGAUCGAAGUUAAAAACCUAUCAUUGCGCUAUGCAUUAAAUCUACCACCCGUAAUAAAAAACGUUAGUUUUACAGUGGAACCUCAAAGUAAGGUUGGGAUUGUGGGAAGAACAGGCGCUGGUAAAUCUACCAUAAUCACGGCAUUAUUUAGAUUACUGGAACCAGAAACUGGGCAUAUCAAAAUAGAUGGGUGUGAUAUCAGUCAAAUCGAUCUAGUUACUUUACGUCGUGCCAUUACUAUCAUCCCUCAGGAUCCUGUUUUGUUCACAGGUACUAUAAAAAGUAAUGUUGAUCCAUAUGAUGAGUACGAUAACAAGAAGAUUUUCAAAGUUUUGGCCCAAGUCAAUUUGAUUUCUGCAGGUGAUAUUGAAGCAGCACAGAACAUGGGGGAGAAUUCUAUUACCGUUCGUAAUAAGUUUAUCAAUCUCCAAACCGAAAUUACUGAGGGAGGUCAAAACAUUUCUCAAGGCGAAAGACAAUUGCUUUUCAUUGCAAGAUCAUUGUUGCGUGAGCCCAAAAUCAUAUUACUGGAUGAAGCUACUUCCUCCGUUGAUUACGAAUCUGACAAUUUGAUCCAGGGCAUUAUAAGGAACGAGUUCCAUAAGAGCACAAUAUUAACAAUUGCGCAUCGACUGAGAUCAGUUAUUGAUUACGACAAGGUACUUGUCAUGGAUGCAGGUGAAGUAAAAGAAUACGACCAUCCCUCUAACCUGUUGAAAAACGAGCAAAGCAUAUUUUAUAGUAUGUGUCGGGAUAGUGGAGACCUGGAGCUUUUGAAGCAACUAGCCAACCAGUCACGUGAGAGAUCUACGCAGUAG